AUGGUUCCAGUAACCAAGCUGAAAAACAGAGUCGAAAAUAACUGCAUCCUCCAAGUUUUUAAGCCAUUCUUUCUGCUCUUCAACUUCAUUGGGUGCACCGCACUCAAUAUCAAUCUACAGUUUUCUUGGCUUUCUUCGGCCCAUGCAAUUUUAGUUAUACUUUCCAUGGUCGGGAUCACUUCCUACGUGCUGUCCGACAAUGACGACGGUUCAGUCCUUGAAGAAUCGACAGCCGCGGUAAGGCUCAUAGAUCGUAUUAAAGUGGGUUGUGCUGCGGGUGCCGCCACGGUCUGCACUACAAUAAAUAUCAUGAAGACCAAACCUCUCAUGAAGCUGAUCGCUGAAAUAGAACAGUUUUCCAGGACUUUCCCAUUGCAGACGAGACCUUUCAGAUGGAUGGCGCUAAGAUCUAUCUUCCUCGCAGUUCUUCUGGCGUCUGCUGGCAUUCAAGAAAUAAUCAUCGAACCUGAAACUUUCACACCUCUGCAAAUCGUCAGUUUCGUCGAAUAUUACUGUCAUCUCGUGUUAUUGUUCACCGAAUACCAGUUUGCAGUUUUUGUCAGAGUUCUAGAAGCCUUGCUGAAAAGUGUUAUCGAUAAGUUGAAUCAUGAUGGUAACAACAUCACAAGGCACGCUGUGCGGCAGUCAGUGAAGUACGAAUUAUUGCUGAAGAAGUUUAGUGAGGAACUCCAAUCGACGUUUGGAGUGCAAAUAGUGGUCGCUGUGUUUUCGAGUUUCGUCGUAUGCCUCAUUAGUUCAUAUUUCGCUUUGUUAUAUGUGAUUAAUUGGUUCACAGAGAGCGCAGCUGAAUUGCCAACAAUGACCGUCAUGUACGCGGCUUGGGUCCUUUUCAUUUUCUUAAAGGCACACGAAAUUGUUUCAUCAACACAUGAUUUGAGAGCGAAGGUGAUAAUAGCAGAAAAAAAAAAUUGA